UCUGUCUGUCAUUGCGUCGGUUAACGGGUUUGAUGUUAUAACCCGGUUUACAUCCGGUCGGUCCCCGCUGGCAGAGACCAGACCCGGUCGUCGUGCACGGCGCUCUCUCGGAGACGCGCCCCCGGUUCCGUCCUACCGGAGGAGCGGCGGCUCGCUGUGUGCCCGCUCAGAUGCAGCGCAGCGCCUGAGAGGAGACGGACGGACGGAGGCUCGUCUCCGGCUUCACCUGCACCGGGAUUUACCGACGCCGAGAUUCCGGAGCAUCUGUCGGAUCCGCCACCGCCUGAGCCGGAAGUCUGGGUCGUGCAGCUGAGACGUCGGAGCUCAUCUCUCAGCCUUUAUCGCUGAGGAGGAAAGUAGCUGGAGGGGCUGGAGAGAGAGAACACAAAGGUUAACCAGGCCACAUCCUUUCUUCCCUGGUGUUUCUGUCUCAACCGACUGUCCGAGGUGGACUGUGAUUGUCGCUCUGACUGGAUGAACCCGUCUGUUCGCCCGUCCGUCGGUCCGUCCCUGCGUCCCCCUGUCGGCCAGAGGAAGGAUCUGAUGCCAGGACCGAGCUGCGAUGGCCGGCGCAGCUGAUGGUGUCGGCGGUCUGGGUGCUGAGCAGAACCACCUGAGUGUCCCUGUCACGGAUCAUGGAGCCUGGGCCACGGCCAUGAACAACCUGGGCAUCGUGCCUGUGGGCCUCAGCGGGCAGCAGCUGGUUUCAGACUCUCUGUGUAUCCAGAGGUUCGACCCCGGGCUGGGCCUCAUCGCACCCAUAAACCCCAUGAUGGCGGGCAUCAGCCUGGUCCCUCCCCCGCCCGUGCCCCCCGACAUGGCGGUCAUCAAGGAGAUAAUCCACUGCAAGAGCUGCACUCUGUUCCCUCAGAACCCCAACCUGCCCCCUCCGUCGACGCGGGAGCGCCCCCCCGGCUGUAAGACGGUGUUUGUCGGAGGUUUGCCGGAGAACGCCACCGAGGAAAUCAUCAGGGAAGUGUUCGACCAGUGCGGAGAGAUCAUCGCCAUCCGCAAGAGCAAGAAGAACUUCUGCCACAUCCGCUUCAGCGAGGAGUUCAUGGUGGACAAGGCUAUUUACCUGUCAGGGUAUCGGAUGCGUAUCGGAUCCAGCACUGAUAAAAAGGACUCGGGGAGGAUCCACGUGGACUUCGCCCAGGCCAGAGACGACCUGUAUGAAUGGGAGUGUAAACAGCGCUUACUGGCCAGAGAGGAGAGACACCGCCGCAAGAUCCACGAGGACCGCCUGCGGCCGCCGUCUCCUCCUCCCGUCGUGCACUACUCCGAACACGAGGCGGCGCUGUUGGCAGAGAGACUGAAAGACGACCAUAAGUUCAGUGAGGCCACGGCGGUGCUGUUCACCUGGAUCGACCGGGGCGAAGUCAACCGCCGGACGGCCAAUCACUUCUACUCCAUGAUCCAGUCAGCCAACAGUCACGUCCGCCGGCUGAUGGGUGAGAAAGCUCAGCACGAGGAGGAGAUGGAGCGCGCCAAAGAGACGUUCAAGAACGCCCUGAUGGCCAUAUUAACGCAGUUCGAGCAGAUCACCACCGUUUUCACCGCCGCCACCAGGCAAAAGGCAUGGGACCAUUUCUCAAAAGCACAGCGCAAGAACAUAGACAUUUGGCGCAAGCAGUGUGAGGAGCUGAGGAACGCCCACAGCGAGGAGAUCAUGGGCAUCAGACGAGAGGAGGAGAUGGAGAUGUCCGACGACGAUUCGGAUGAAAGUCCCUGUAAGAGGCUGCGCACUGAGAACGGAGUGUAUGAUCAGACUCAGGCGUCUCUGAAGGAGGAGAACGACUCCCUGCGCUGGCAGCUGGACGCCUACAGGAACGAGGUGGAGCUGCUGAGGAAGGAGCAGAACAAAUCCAGCCGAUCAGAUGACGACCAGACGCACACACACACACACACACACAGUGCUGAGGCUCAGAUCCAGCUGCUGCAGCAGAGCAUGCACAACAUGCAGCAGCAACUGCUGAGUCUGCAGGAGCAGCUGACCAGUAAAGAAGCUGAGUUGGAGCAGGCGAGAGAGGAGCAUCGCUACCUGGAGGGGGAGGUGCUCACGCUUCGAGACAAGCUGCUGAACAGUAAUGGGGAGGCUGUGGAGGGAACCAAUGGAGAGCUACAUGAAAAGGGGAUCAACGGGUGUGUUCCUUCACUGUACCACAGCAGAGAGAGGCGGAGUGAGGUCAUCCUGAGAGGAGGGGUCACGUCAGAAAAAGAGGCCCUGCUUCUGGGCAUUAUAUCGACCUUCCUCCACGUCCAUCCAUUCGGUGCCAACCUCGAGUAUCUGUGGUCGUACAUACAGAGACUGGACUCUAAGGUGUCUGCGGGGGAGCUGGAGCGCCUGAUGGUCCGUCUGCCCGGUAUGUUCAGGCAGGAGCUGAGCGGCGUCGGUGCGACUCUGGAGAAGCGAUGGAAGUUCUGCGGUUUUGACAGCCUCGGUUCAGCGUGACGCAGGAAGAACGCACACACACACUGAGAAAACACACUGGCGACGCCGCAGACCUUUAAUCUACGUGUGUGUGUGCGUUCGUCCGUCCCAAAUCAUGUUGGAUAUACAGCAGCGUGUCGGGCGAUGGCGUUCACUCACUGGAAACUGUGGAACAGACGGACGUUCAGACCUCAGGAAGGUCUUCCUGAUGUUGGGUGGAGGUGAAAUCUUCGCCUCACUGCAGAUAUUCAUCACAGUGAACUGCAACAGGACCCAACACCUCAAAGACAGAACCAGACCUGAAGACCCUUUGUUCAUUAAGGAGUUUCUCCAAACCUGAGUCUCUCUGCUCUGAACUGAAUCACAGUCCUUGGUUUUCUUGUUGUCGGUACAUCUGGAGCAUGAAACAGCCAGCAGCAACCCCAAUUAGAAAGCAAAGUAAAAGUAAAGUAAAACUUAUACCAAAGGUGAUCCUUUAGAGCAUUUACACGUUUGGUUAUCAAGUCUGUUUCAUGCCAAACCUCAUUUCAUUUAUCAAGAAAAUAAGAGCAGAGUCGUUGCCUAGUCUGUGCAGACAUUGGGGGUGUAAUCUUAGAUCACAUCCUCCCCCCUUAUGACUCUGCAGGGUUUGUUUGGAAAUGUAGCAAAAAUCCUCCCUCAAACCAAACUAAAGGAGUUUACACACCAACUCUGUCAACCUGUCAUCCCACAAAAUCCUGCACAGAAACUGUUCACUGAGUCCAUGUAGAGAGUUAGAGUUAACUUCAUUGCCAUUACAGCAGAAGCUGUUAGAACAUACUGAAAAUAAAACCAUCACAUUAAAAUAAAGUGCCAGAAAUACAGAAAGCUACAAACAAUAUACCCUGACGUGCAAAAUACCUGCAAUUCAGAAGUCAAAUAACCUAAACAUAGUAAAAUAUGAAAAAUGCACCACAAACCCAAACCAGGAUGUACCUUAAAGGGCCCGAGGUUUUUACCAUUCAAGAGUCAAAUAGCCUCAGGGAGUCUGCCAGGAGUCCACGUGCAGCAACAAUCACACCAUGAAAUAAAAUGCAGCCGACUCUGUCGCUCCUGAUGAGAGAAACAGCAGAAGCACUUCAAAUUCUACUUUCUGAUGCAUUCACAUCACGAACCAAUCCCGGUUCAGCUGAUCCUGAACUGCUGGCAGUCUGCGUCGGGCUCCUUUCUCCUGCAGGUGAGCGCUGCUCUGAGAAUGUGGAACUGCAGGAACGCGCUUCAUGUUUUCAGACAGGCCCAAACUGUCAGUGCGUCAUCAGGCCGAGAGCCUUGUGUUUAUAUGGCACGCAAGUACUGAAUGUGAUUGGCCCGACACAUCCUCAGACCUAAACGACAGAAUAGGUCGAUUGGCAGUGACGACCGUUCCCCAGAAUGCGACCGUUGGAAAGUACCAGCGACGGGCGUACCGCUUCAGUCACCUGACGUCAAACACGGGAUUAAUGUUGUGAAACGGUCGCAGUUUGUUUAGGUUUAGCUAACAAAACUACUUGUUUAGGUUUAGAAAAGACUGUGGUCACCUACGUAACGUUAUUUAACUCUGAAUAAGUCCACGUUGACGUUGUUCCACACGGGACACAAUCCCCGAUCUCCUUUGUUCGUUUGACCCAUCCACCACCCCCGAACACCUCCUAGCAUACACUUUUGUCGCUCUUUAUACUACGUCACCCGACUUCCUCCUGUGCUCCUGUCAUAAUUACUGCGGCCACUCGAGGACUAACAAUAAGCGUAAAUAUGGGUCGUUAUAAGCUGCUUUCACAGUCGACCCUACGGCCGUUUUCUGGUGAGGACGUGCAGGAUUGGCCGCGGUUAUCACAGCCUGUAAUGUAUGAGUCUGUGUUCUUUGACAUCCAGUUCCCAUGAUGGGGAAUCAAACACACGUGCACAGCCACGCCAUUGGGCAUCAAACAUAUUUUAAAAAGUCUUGAGUCCGUUUCUCCUGCGGAUGAAAUUCACUCAUUCAUUUCACGUCUUUUCAGCCUUCUGUUCCUGAAAACCACGUGUGAUGGCUGACAGUUGUGGAGUUGGUGUGUAAUCCCUCCAGGGUUUGACAUAAUCAGACCAACCUGUGUGAAGACAUCUGCUCUCUGCUCGGGCUUCCUGCAGAGAUCGUGGUCACAAACUGGAGGGGGAAAGUGGAAAUAUUUGGGGAAUUCUGGGGAAGACGAUGGAAAGAGAAUAGUUGUGUUUUGUACAGGACGACGUGAGGGAGAAGAUUCAAUCAUUCCGCUUAAUUUAUUUCAUUAUACUGUAAGAAGAAGCUGUUCACUGAAGGCAGCAGACUGUAUUACUGUAUUUAAAUAUGACGAAAUGAAAAAAGAUUUCUAACGUUCCUGACUGUGUCCUGCUUUUAAAAAAAUAUACUUCUUAAGUAAAAAGUUAAUAACAGUUUAGUUCUGCAAACUGUUUCCUUCUGAAUGGAGCGACGGGGAAAGAUGUUCAGCUGAAGAGCUCUGUGACGGAGCGAUGAAGGAGGGAGGAAGAUGCUGAAGAGCUCUGUGACGGAGCGAUGAAGGAGGGAGGAAGAUGCUGAAGAGCUCUGUGACGGAGCGAUGAAGGAGGAGGGAGGAAGAUGCUGAAGAGCUCUGUGACGGAGCGAUGAAGGAGGGAGGAAGAUGCUGAAGAGCUCUGUGACGGAGCGAUGAAGGAGGGAGGAAGAUGCUGAAGAGCUCUGUGACGGAGCGAUGAAGGAGGGAGGAAGAUGCUGAAGAGCUCUGUGACGUAGCGAUGAUGGAUAGAGGAAGAUGCUGAAGAGCUCUGUGACGGAGCGAUGAAGGAGGGAGGAAGAUGCUGAAGAGCUCUGUGACGGAGCGAUGAUGGAGGGAGGAAGAUGCUGAAGAGCUCUGUGACGGAGCGAUGAUGGAAGGAGGAAGAUGCUUAAGAUCUCUGUGACGGAGCGAUGAUGGAAGGAGGAAGAUGCUGAAGAGCUCUGUGACGGAGCGAUGAUGGAAGGAGGAAGAUGCUGAAGAGCUCUGUGACGGAGCGAUGAUGGAAGGAGGAAGAUGCUGAAGAGCUCUGUGACGGAGCGAUGAUGGAGGGAGGAAGAUGCUGAAGAGCUCUGUGACGGAGCGAUGAUGGAAGGAGGAAGAUGCUGAAGAGCUCUGUGACGGAGCGAUGAUGGAUAGAGGAAGAUGCUGAAGAGCUCUGUGACGGAGCGAUGAAGGAGGGAGGAAGAUGCUGAAGAGCUCUGUGACGGAGCGAUGAUGGAGGGAGGAAGAUGCUGAAGAGCUCUGUGACGGAGCGAUGAUGGAAGGAGGAAGAUGCUUAAGAUCUCUGUGACGGAGCGAUGAUGGAAGGAGGAAGAUGCUGAAGAGCUCUGUGACGGAGCGAUGAUGGAAGGAGGAAGAUGCUGAAGAGCUCUGUGACGGAGCGAUGAUGGAAGGAGGAAGAUGCUGAAGAGCUCUGUGACGGAGCGAUGAUGGAGGGAGGAAGAUGCUGAAGAGCUCUGUGACGGAGCGAUGAUGGAAGGAGGAAGAUGCUGAAGAGCUCUGUGACGGAGCGAUGAUGGAGGGAGGAAGAGGCUUUUGUUGGUAUCAGCUUUUGUUCUCAUUGUUUGUGUUUCCAAAGACCACAAUGCUGUUCAUGUCAAAUUCAAAGUGAUAAUUAAGUGAUUUUGUACUUCCAUAAAGUUCGAGGACUCUGUUUGUUUUCUAAUUUAAAUAAAGGUAUUGUUAGUAA